GUGGUGGUUUGCGUCUGAGUCGAGUGCGCGCGCUCAGUAGUGCUCAAACCGCCAAGACCGCACCAUCACUACACCACAAUCGCGAGUAAAACUCGAAACUCAACUCAAGCGUGUUUCGCUUUAAGUAAAACGAAGAGCGACUCAGUGACGACAACCGUUUUACAACCUACGCGGAAAGACCUCUCGUGCGUUGGCAGUGUGAUUUUAUCCUCUCUGUGUAUGUGUGUGUACCGUUGUUGACCAAGGUCGUUCGCGGGCGCACAAUUCGCAUCUGUGAUGUUUUCACGGAAAUACGCCUAGUCGCACGCGGCGGGUGAACCACCACCAAGGGAAUCUCAUAGGUGUUGAGGAACUAUUGCUGGAUGAUUAAAAAACGCGCGAAUCGCAACUUUUUUUGCUGCGCAACGCAGCGUUUUUGCUAACAUGUUGCAGCCGCAAACACUUGCACACUUGAAUAAUCCAUAAAACACCUAAAAAUGGGUUUCCCAGAAUUAAUUAUCGUUAUCAGUUUACUACUGCUGCUGCCACUAUCAAUAACUAGCAGUAUAUCUGAUGCAAAUGAGAAAAAUGAUUUCCGACACAUUUCACAUCGAGAUCUUCAGUUGACAGUAGACGAGUUUCACGCAGAAGGAGUCACGACUUAUUCGCAAUUAUUAUUCGAUGUCGCGCGAAAUCAGGUUCUCGUCGGAGCAAGGGAUGCUUUGUUUAGACUUUCCUUACCGCAUCUCCAACUCCUCGAAAACGCAACAUGGCAAGCAUCACCAGCGAAAACCGCCAUGUGUCUCGCCAAGGGUCAAACCGAAGAGCACUGCCACAACUUCAUCAAAGUGCUGCUGACGAACGGUCGCAAAGUGUUCGCGUGUGGGACGCAGUCGUUCGCACCUUCGUGUACCUGGCGAGAGAUUGAAAGCCUGAACACAAUCACAGAUGUCGUUGAUGGAAUUGCACGAUGUCCUUAUAAUCCUGCAUCGAACACAACCGCACUCCUCACUGAAUCCGGUGAUUAUUUUAUGGGUGGACCAACGGAUUUCUCUGGGUCAGAUUUUGCAAUCUACAAAGAUAGCCGGAUCAGGACGAAGCAGUAUGACAGCAUGUGGUUGAACGAACCGCAGUUCGUCGGGUCCUUUGAGAAUGACAAAUUCGUCUAUUUCGUAUUCCGCGAAGCGGCUGUCGAGUACAUCAACUGCGGAAAGAUUGUUUACUCGCGUAUUGCGCGCGUUUGCAAGCAGGAUAUCGGUGGACAGUUGAUGCUCAAAGACAACUGGACCACUUUCAUCAAAGCCCGAUUGAAUUGCUCCAUCGCCGGACAAUAUCCGUUCUAUUACAAUGAAAUCCAAGGAUUUUCUUAUGUCCCUGAAGAAAAUAUAUUGUAUGCAACUUUUACAACAGAAUCUAACAGUAUAGCAGGAUCCGCAGUGUGUGGUUUUAAUAUGUCUGCCAUUAAUGAAGCCUUUGCUGGUCCUUUCAAGUAUCAAGAUCAUGUCGGUAGUGCUUGGGGUCAACACUACGCUGAGAAUCCGGAAGGCUUCGAGUGUUCCGCCGGUGGACAAAGUCGUAACCUCAUCGAAAGUUCCAAGUAUCACUUGAUGGACUUUGCUGUCCAACCGACGACACUUCGGCCGUUGUAUGAUGUCGCUUUAGAGAGGUUCACGCAUAUUACCGUUGAUGUAUUAACCACCAAACGGUCGAAAGUUCAUGUAAUCUAUGUGGCUACUCAAGGAGGUGAAAUCAAGAAGUUGUCUGUAUAUCCUGGAACGUCAGAAACGUGUUUAAUCGAAGUUUGGCGGCCUGUGGCUCGUGGUUUGGGACAAAAUGUGAUUCUAAAAGUGGAAUAUCUUAAAGAGACUAAUUCAGUGUAUGUUGGGACGAGGGAUGCGUUGAUGAGAAUACCAGCGCAUCAUUGUGACCGUCACAGAUCGCGUGAAAGUUGUCUGAAUGCCAUGGACCCGUAUUGUGGUUGGAAUGAAAUAUCAGACGCUUGUACAACUGCUCCCAAUGGUGAUACAGGGGAUAAAUAUUGGGUGCAGAGAGUGGGGACGUGUCCAGUGUUAGAUGCACCUGUUGAUGGCGGUUGGAGUACUUGGGGUAGUUGGCAUUCAUGUGGGCAUAUCUCUUCUGCUUCAGAUGAUACAGAUGAAUGUUUAUGUAGAAGGCGUGAGUGUAACAAUCCUGCACCACAGAAUGAUGGUUUGAAUUGCGUGGGUAAAGCUAUUUCGGUUACUAAUUGUACAAUGCAUGGUGGUUGGACUUCAUGGUCCGCAUGGUCGGAGUGUUCUGCUACGUGUGGUGUUGCUGUGAAGACCCGCACGAGAACUUGCACGAAUCCAUCGCCUGCGUUUGGAGGAAGAGUCUGUGUUGGUCAGGAUAGAUCCGAGGUGUUAUGUACUGGAAAUCCGCCAUGUCCGGUGCCAGUACCAACUCCACAAGAUGGCGGCUGGGGACAAUGGGAACCAUGGAGUACAUGUUCGCAACAAUGUGGUGGCUUCCGGACAAGAAUGCGAAGGUGUAAUAAUCCACCUCCGUUGAGUGGAGGUCAGGAUUGUACAGGAAGUGAUAUUGAAUUUGACGCGUGUAGAAGAGAAUGUCCGGAGCAGAGAAAAACAGCGACGGCUACAUUCAACUACACUAAUUCCGAAGGACAAUUGAUUACAAAGAAAGUGAGAUACACGUGUAGGGCGCAGGUGGCGUCCAAUUCAAUGAUACACAUCACACAUAAAGAGAUCGCGUGUAGGAAUAAACACUGCGAGGAGGAGGCGGCUGUCUGGGGCCAGUGGAGUGAAUGGAGCAGGUGUAGUGUUACGUGUGGUAUAGGGCAUGAAACGCGCGAGAGGAGAUGUGAAGGACGCGAGUGUAAAGGACAAUCGGUACAGACACGGGAGUGUAUGGUAGAUUGUAAAGGCACCUGGGGAUGUUGGUCGGAUUGGUCACCGUGUAGUGUAUCCUGUGGGUGGGGGAUACGCAAACGUUACAGGAGUUGUUUGGGGGCGUCAUGUACAGGGGAACAUAUGCAAGAGGAACAAUGUGGAGGUCCCCCAUGUGGAUCUUUGUUAGGUUGGGAUGAAUGGACUGUAUGGUCUGAAUGUGAUGUUAAUAACGAACAACAUCGCAAGAGGUCUUGUCGAACCGCAAAUCCAGGUCCACAGAUAUGUCAAGGACCUCCCAAGGAGACAAGAAUGUGUGUUACGGGCAAAGAAUGGGAUGCUCGAACAGGAGCGUUCAAAAUUGCGCAAUCUUCAGUCUCCGAAAUAAUAAUCUAUGUGACAAUCGCGUUAAUAUUCGGAUUCAUGACCGGAGUAAGUUUAAUGUAUUUCUACGCUCGAAGAAGACGUCGACGACGCGAGAGUGUCCCCAGUUCCCCACAUUACAUGAGCACGAAAUCUAAUCCGUAUAUUACGGUGCCAUUCCACGAUCGCCAUCGGCGGCAGCAGAACGCCACAACUAGUUUGAAUAAUCAAACACAAACUGGUACAUUGCGCUCGAAUAAAUUGUACGAUACUUUGAACACGUUAAAACGUCACAGUAAAGAUAACAAUUGCAAAGAACAUACGGACGUGUUCGAGGAUAAACUGUACGAAUAAGACUGAAGUAGAUUUUAUGUUUUGCGUUUAUCAAUUUUGUCAAUAUGACAAUAACUUGCAGUGUUUUUUGUUUUGUUGAUACCUAACGAGCCAUAUUUGAAAAAAAUCACUAAUUAUUUUAUUAUUAACAUUUUAAAGUGAGAGAUAAACAACUGCAAGCUGACUCACAUUGAGUUAUGACUAUGACUACAUCAUAGAAGAUAUAUAUUGUAUAUUUUAUAAAACAUUAAAUAUAUUAUCAGAUCGA